AUGUCAAUACCACAGACAAGUCUUGACGAAGGUGAAGUCGUGACUGCUCUCGACAGCGAGAGUCUUCGCUUUGUAUUCGCUGUUAUGCUGGCAUGUACCGGUAUCAUGUAUUGGACAGCCCGUCGGCGAACGAAUCAACGUAGCCAAGAGGAAACACCUUUGGAAAAAUAUGUAUAUGCUCUAUAUGAAUCAUAUGGUUUCGAUCGCCAUCAGAAUGCGAGCCUCUUCGUAUGCGGAUUCGCCAGUUCUAUGUUGUUGGGGACUUUUAUUGGAAGUUUGGCUGACAGGUUUGGUCGUAAGAAGUUCUGUAUGCUGUAUUGUUGUUUAUACAUACUAUCGUGUGUUACCAAACACAUCCCUCUAUAUCCUGUCCUCAUGCUGGGCCGGCUGUUGGGGGGGAUGGCGACUAGCCUGUUAUUCAGCGUCUUCGAAACUUGGUUUAUCUGCGAGGCUACUACCACCGGUCAAGCACAUCUCAUAUCCAACACUCUCGGUAUAGCGGUCGGUCUUAAUUCUGUUACGGCCAUCGUCGCUGGAGAGGAAACACACAUGUCUAUGUAUCAAGUAUACUGUAGAUACUGCAGUCCUUUUGAUCUCGCCAUAGUAUCACUACUGGUCACGGCACUUUGCAUCCACACGACGUGGAGGGAAAACUACGGGGCGAACGAUUCAAAUUCGGCGAAAAACGAAAAUGUGCUACACUCACUGCAGUCACAUCACUCGAUCAUCCCACUGGGCUGCAUACAAGCACUAUACGAGUCGGCCAUGUACAUAUUCGUGUUUAUGUGGACUCCCGCACUAGAGCAAGCCAACGGUGGUGUUGCUAUUUCCCUGGGACUGGUCUUUGCAUGCUUCAUGACAGCUUGUACGGUCGGCUCGCAGAUGUUCCGGUUAGUUUGUGAUAGUACAUACUGUAUAGAACUCUACUGUAGAUAUGUAAGCACGACUACUGACCAACGGUUGUCCUCUGCGGCGAUCCUCAGACUUGUAUGCUUGGCUGGACUUGUCUCGCAGGGCACUGUGUUUCCGAAUUCACCCUGGACGGUGCUGAUAGCCUUCCUGGUCUUCGAGACAUCUGUCGGUGCCUACUACCCCUCAAUGGGAACUCUCAAAGCCGAGAUCGUACCCGAGGCUUAUAGAGCUACCAUAUACAAUCUAUUCAGAGUCCCUUUAAAUCUGCUGGUCAUUGCUGCACUCCUCGCCAAGCUAGAAGUGGCAGAAGCGUUCGGUGUCGCGUCCCUGCUCCUUGCUCUGGCAUUGAUGCUGAGUAUCCGCAUAAGAGAACCGUCCAGGACAGGGUGUAGUGAUCUGAUUGUUGUGUUCGAUUUCUCUUUAGACUGA